AUGUCCAUUAUGAACAAGAACAAGAAAUCUUUCUGCGGUGACGGAUGCCAGAGCAACUGCGAAGUCCCCGCUGUCACCACGGGCCAUGAUGGUGAUGUCCGCGAUCUCGUCAUCGGCUACUUCGAAAGCUGGAUUCUCCUUCGGAGAGGCUGCUCGCAGAGAGACAUAAGCCACGUGCGCUUCGACUCUAUGACGCACAUCAACGUGGCCUUUGGCUUCAUCAAACCCGACACCUACGAGAUUCAUCCUAUUCGCGGCGCCACCAUCGCUGGUUUCCAGACCGUCACGAACCUCAAGCAGCGCGCGCCCGGUCUCAAAGUCUGGCUUGCUCUAGGCGGCUGGACCUUCAGCGACAACGGUACCGAUACGCAGCCAGUAUUCGGCGACAUUGCCAGCACGUCACUCAAGCGAAGCAUUUUUGUCGACAAGCUCCUCCGAUUCAUGACAGAGUGGGGAUUUGAUGGAGUUGACAUUGACUGGGAGUACCCUGGUGCGCCCGACCGCGGUGGCCAGACCAGAGAUAUUCAGAACUUUGUUCUCUUGAUGAAGGAUAUCUGGUUUCGUUUCCAGGCAGAUGGUAAGGGACUGGGGGUCUCCUUCACCGCGCCGACCUCUUACUGGUAUAUGCGUUGGUUUGACAUUGGCGCCGUCGUGCCGUAUGUUGAUUGGGUCAACCUGAUGACCUAUGAUAUUCACGGAAGUUGGGACGAGGACUCUGACUGGAUCGGGCCGUAUGUCUAUGCCCACACCAACCUCACUGAGAUAAAGCAUGGUCUCGAUCUCUUGUGGAGGAACGGUGUGCCGGCAAACAAGGUCAACUUGGGCCUUGCCUUUUACGGCCGAACUUACAAGCUAGAAGACCCAGACUGUGAUACCCCAGGGUGUGCUUUCGCGGACCCUGGAACGGCGGGACAAUGCUCGGGGACUGGAGGCUAUAUGUCAUACCAAGACAUCGAGUACACUAUCGACAGCAACAACCCGACUCCUGUCUAUGAUGAAAAAGAGAAGGUCAUGUACUUCAAAUAUCGGGGCGAUCAGUGGGUAUCAUACGACAACGAGAAAACCAUUCGAGAAAAGGUCGAAUUUGCCAAUGACUUGGGACUUCGUGGACUUUUCAUCUGGGCCAUCGAUCAGGAUAAUUUGGACAACGAUCUUUUGAACGCUGUUUUGCAGCCGGACGGCCUCGGGAAGUUCAAGAAGAGAAACGGAGUUGGCGCAGACGGCUCCGAUUGGAAGAAGGUUGACCUGGACGGACGUUGUUUCUGGUCAGGCUGCGAGGACCCUUGUCCCACCGGAACGAACACAAUCGCUACCGUUCGCUGCGCUCAAAAGAAGAAGGGCUCCAAUACCAAGAAUCCCAUGAUCAACCUGUGCUGUCCUCUGGCAAACUCUCCGGACCCAGAAACCUGCCGCUGGAGCGCGCCUAACCUUUUUUGGGGCUUGAUCUGCGAGUCGACGAAUUCCUGCGACGUUGGAGAGGAGCGCAUCACCUCCAGCCAGUACUACAUCAACGACGAGGGUGAAAACGAUGCCUGCCUCGAGGGUCUCGCGGACUACUGCUGCAAGAUCCAGGAGGGCGGCACGCAACUCUGCGAGUGGGACGAGGGCAACUGCAUCGAGGUCGACCAGAGCCAGAUCCUCAAACCGAAACCCAAGGGGAACGAUCCGUGCGGCACCGGGAAGAAGUUUACCACGUUCCGCAAGGGCAAGUGCAAGAAGAACCGCUGGGAGGCCCUCUGCUGCGACACCGACAUCGAUACGUCGUCCUGCCGAUGGCGGAACGACAUGAACGACAAUUGCAACCCCGAGUGCCACCAAGACGAGGUCAAGUUCGGCACCCACGCCGAAGGUGGCGGUCGUAACUGCGAGUACACCAUCCCCGGCUCCGCGUCGAUCCACAACAUGCAGGGGCAGAAGCAGAUCGUCUGGCCGGGCCUGUGCUGCGACCGCGACGCUUUCAAGGUGGAGCUUAAAAGCCUCCCAGUGCCGUUGGAGAACCUUUUCCCGGACGCCGACAAAAUCCCGGAAUCCGACGACCAGUCCUUCGGUGUCGAGGUCGACCAGACCAUGGGAGGUCGGAAGUCCUCGAGCAGCAACGACAACCCCAACCUCAACUCCUUCGGCUGGCACAUCAUGUCAGGGCCCGAAGAGCAGAUUAGCAGCAUCGACAAGCGCGACGGCUCGCACUGGGAGGUCUUCGACUGUGACGAGGAGUUUCAUGACGGUAGGCAGCAUGCCAAGCUGGUGUGCACCGACGAGUCGGAGGACAGCAACUGCGGUACUCUCUUCAAGGGUGGUGUCCCCAACACGGUCUUGGAGAUGCCGGAGCAUUGCGGUCCUGGCAAGUAUGCUCUGGCGGUCGACAUCGACCUGGUGAACGACGACGUUCCGGUGGCCCUGCCCAAGCUGGUGAAGAGGAAGCUCCAAAAGAGAGGGAUGGAGUUCGAGAGGCCGAAGGUGUACAACUUGACUUUCGACUAUGACUACUCCGUUCUUCAGGGUCGCCAGGACAACAAGGUCAGACUGCGGGUUGAUUACAGCGACAACCCGGGUUAUUGGAACGAAAUCGUUGCCUCUCCUCCUGGCAAGACGAAGCGAGAUGUUGCCAUGGAAGUCGACUCAGACCACGGCGGUUCAUGGGAGAGCUACCUGGAGCACCGAUGGCGUACCGAGAAGCGCUCCACCCCCGAACACGAGAAGCAUCUCCUUCACGAGCGGUGGUUCUCCCUUGCGCUCGUGGACUGGAUCAACAAACAGAAAGACGUCGAUAUUGACUACGACCUCGUCCGCCACAGCGUCCGGGAAACCUUCGUCUGGAAUCUUUUCAGGGACAGCAAGUCGUGUCCGAAUUUGGACGUGUCUGCACACAUUUGGACCGAGUUGACCGUCAACGUCGACACUUCGGCCGUCAUUAGUCUCAUUGGCGACUUGUCUAAUCUCAAGUCCUUCGACCAAUCUCACGCGACGUUCCGAAACAAGGGAGACGUCGAGGCGAGUUUCAACUUCGUGGCGAACGCCGAGUUGAGAUUCAGUACUGGACCUGCCGAGCUUGCUGGACUCGCCCCGCUAGGUGCAAGCUUCCAGAUCCCUGGAAUAUUGACUUGCGGUCCUCAGUUCCGCUUGAUCGGAGAACUGAACGGAAAGGCAUCAAUCGAUGCCAACGCCCGAAUCUCCUACAAGGUGGCGAAAUGGGACUUCAUGCAGCAGUAUCCGCCCAAGGAGGAUUGGUCGGACCCUUUCAAUCCUGACAAGAAGGAGAAGGCAGAUCUCGAAAACGAGCAGAGAGGAAAGUCCAAUAGCACGAAGCCGCAGUUCUCAUACAACCUGCACGCGGAGGGCAUGGUAGAGGCCGUCGUUACUCCCAUGAUUACCUUCGGAAUUGUCUUCAACAGCGAACUGGGUGUUCCAAAUGCAGCGAUUGAUAUGGGCGUGGAGGCUUCUGCCCGUCUCUGGGGCAGCGGCGGCACCAGCGAUACCAUUGCCUGGGAGUACUGCUACGGAGCCGAGGCCCAUUGGGCUGUAUUCGGUAGGGCAUCAGCACCGUAA